GCGGAAGAAAACCCGCCAUUACAACUGGAAGCUCAACGUGAAGGUUUCGUUGGUCGUCUAUUCAGGAGGUGCAGUUUUUGUUCUUGUACCUAUUUUUGGUGUUUUUCUAGAAAGGAUGGCGUACAGAGGACAGGGACAGAAGGUCCAGAAGGUUAUGGUCCAGCCCAUUAACUUAAUUUUCCGCUAUCUACAAAACCGCUCACGGAUCCAGGUGUGGCUGUAUGAGCAGGUGAACAUGCGGAUAGAGGGAUGCAUUAUUGGUUUUGAUGAGUACAUGAACUUGGUUCUCGAUGAUGCUGAGGAAGUCCACAUGAAGACUAAGAACAGAAAGCCACUAGGCAGGAUCAUGUUAAAAGGAGACAACAUUACCCUGCUGCAGAGUGUAUCCAACUAGAACAACAAACGUCUGAAAAUCUCAUCUUGACCAUGGAGAAAUCUUUCCCUAUUUGUUUUUGCAAGAGAUGUUCAGUAUGAUUGUAUGACAUAAUUGUUUUCUUGUGGACCAUGUGGAUUCAUUUUGGAAUAAAGUGCUUUUUCUUA